AAACCUCCGGCCUCCUGCGCAAUAGGCCUCUCGUAUCACAGCUUCCUUCCCCAGCUCUGUCUGCUUCGUCCCCCUCCCUCCUCGGCAGCUCGCCGGCCAGGGCCGGCCGCCGGCUGCGGGAUCAACCUCGGCGGCAUCGCCGGGCAUCGUCUUCUGCCUCGACUAGGCAUUCUCCGGCCAGCCAGGUAUCAACUGGCGCGGUUUAGAGCUUGAUACUCCCAAGACCCCAGCGCAUUAAAGAAGGCCUCCGAGGUGUUCGGAGAUCCGAAAUGUCGCUCGAGGUCGAGAACCCUGGGGGCGGUGAGUCGGCCAACCGGCUCAGCCUCAAGCGCCAUGACUCGCUCUUCGGCGAUGCGGAGAAGGUCUCUCAUGGCAAGUACCAUGGCUCCGAGGGGAGCUGGGCCCGGACGCUGCAUCUUGCCUUCCAGAGCGUCGGCAUCAUCUAUGGCGACAUCGGGACGUCGCCGCUCUAUGUCUACUCCAGCACCUUCCCUGACGGCAUCAAGUACAACGACGACCUGCUGGGCGUCUUGUCGCUCAUCAUCUACACCCUCAUCAUCAUUCCCAUGCUCAAAUACGUCUUCAUCGUGCUGUAUGCAAACGACAAUGGAGAUGGUGGCACGUUUGCACUUUACUCGCUGAUAUCACGGUACGCGAAGAUCAGGAUGAUCCCCAACCAGCAAGCAGAGGAUGCCAUGGUGUCCAACUACAGCAUAGAAGCGCCAAACUCACAGCUGAGGAGGGCACAGUGGUUCAAGCAGAAGCUUGAGUCCAGCAUGGUAGCCAAGAUUGUGCUCUUCACCCUCACAAUCCUUGGCACAUCCAUGGUGAUGGGCGAUGGAACCUUGACACCAGCAAUAUCUGUGCUCUCUGCAGUGAGCGGGAUCAGAGAAAAAGCACCAAACUUGACUCAGACGGAAGUUGUCUGGAUCUCUGUGGCAAUUCUGUUCAUGCUCUUCUCAGUCCAGCGUUUCGGUACUGACAAAGUCGGGUACACCUUCGCUCCUGUCAUCUCGGUGUGGUUCCUUCUGAUAGCUGGCAUCGGACUGUACAACCUCGUUGUCCACGACAUCGGUGUUUUGCGGGCCUUCAAUCCAUGGUACAUUGUACAAUACUUCAAAAGGAAUGGGAAGGAUGGAUGGGUUUCACUUGGUGGCGUUAUCUUGUGUGUCACAGGCACUGAAGGUAUGUUUGCCGACCUAGGACACUUCAACAUCAGGGCUGUUCAGAUCAGCUUCAGCGGUAUCUUGUUCCCGUCAGUGACGCUAUGUUACAUCGGGCAGGCCGCAUACCUGAGGAAAUUUCCAGAGAACGUUGGGGACACCUUCUAUAGAUCCAUCCCAGGACCUUUGUUCUGGCCAACCUUCGUCGUCGCAAUUCUUGCUGCUAUUAUUGCAAGCCAAGCUAUGCUCUCUGGUGCAUUUGCUAUCCUUUCCAAGGCACUGUCACUCGGUUGUCUUCCCAGGGUCCAAGUGAUCCACACCUCUAAGAAGUACGAGGGGCAGGUGUACAUUCCUGAGGUGAACUUCAUGAUGGGACUGGCGAGCAUCAUAGUCACAAUUGCCUUCAGAACUACCACCAGCAUCGGCAAUGCUUAUGGGAUCUGUGUCGUGACCACAUUCUCCAUCACCACCCAUCUGGUGACGGUCGUGAUGCUCCUCAUAUGGAAGAAGCACAUCAUCUUCGUUCUUCUGUUCUACGUUGUGUUCACUUGCACAGAACUGAUCUACCUCUCCUCCAUACUGUCCAAGUUCAUCCAGGGUGGGUACCUCCCGUUCUGCUUUGCGCUGGUCCUGAUGACUCUGAUGGCGACAUGGCACUACGUUCAUGUCAAGAGAUACUGGUAUGAGCUUGACCACAUUGUGCCCACAAACCAAAUGACGACUCUGCUCGAGAAGAACGAUGUGCAGCGGAUCCCAGGGGUGGGACUCCUGUACACAGAGCUCGUCCAGGGCAUCCCGCCAGUGUUCCCUCGGCUGAUCAAGAAGAUACCAUCCGUGCACUCCAUCUUUCUGUUCAUGUCGAUCAAGCACCUGCCGAUCUCACAUGUGGUGCCGGCAGAGAGGUUCCUCUUCCGGCAGGUUGGCCCGAGGGAGCACCGGAUGUUCCGGUGCGUGGCAAGGUACGGGUACAGCGACUCGCUGGAGGAGCCCAAGGAGUUUGCAGGGUUCCUCGUGGACAGGCUGAAGAUGUUCAUCCAGGAAGAAAUUGCUUUCGCUCAGAAUGACGCAGAGAAUGAAGACCACACUGAGGUUCCAGAUGCACCGACCAGGCCAAGGCGGUCCACAAACUCUGUGGUGCACAGCGAGGAGGCGAUCGAACCGCGGGUGAGCAGCAACUCUGGGAGGAUCACUGUCCAUGCGAAUCAAACCAUCGAGGAGGAGAAACAACUGAUUGACAGAGAGGUGGAGCGAGGGGUGGUGUACCUGAUGGGAGAGGCCACUGUGUCAGCAGGGCCCAAGUCAUCAAUCUUGAAGAAGGUAGUUGUCAACUACAUCUACACAUUCUUGAGGAAGAACUUGACGGAGGGGCACAAGGCAUUGUCCAUUCCGAAAGAUCAGCUGCUCAAAGUUGGAAUCACAUAUGAAAUAUAGGACUUUUAGGAAAGUAUGAGGAGUGCUUAACCAAGCCUUUCUUGGCGUGUGUGAUUUCAAAGGCAAAGUGCCGCCGUUGGUCUAAUAAAAGGCAUGUACGAGUGGGCUUCUUCUUGUUUUACUUUUGGUAAACAUGUGAGGUGUGAGGUUUCUUUUUGUUCUCUGUACACAUGUUUGCCAGUUGGCUGAUUGAUAAAUGAAUCUUUUUGUUCUCCCA